AUAUCUUUGACGCACUGUCCAUCGCUAAAUGAGUCCCCGUUGUUUGGAUCUGUAAAACAUCUAGCAUGGGGGCCCUCGUGAGGACGUCGUCAUCUCUUGCAUCCUAGGACUUGAACGCAAUGUCCUGCUUUAUACUGUCAGGAAUUGUCGGCGCCUGCCGUCCUCGCCCAUGGACUCACUGCCACCUGCUCUGCCUCCCGGUUGCUUACUGCGCCCACUCUAAGCCAAGGUCACAUCGCCAGCUGCAUGUGAAUACUACAUACUUCACAUCCAGCAAUAUUGGGGCCGCCUGGAGCUCUGGCCAUGGCCCGGUGUUCCGCAGAGCAUUGGCCUACGGAGACAGGCUGGCCAUCGUCGACGACAGUGGCCGUCACAGCUACAAGCAACUGUACGGCUGCAGCCAGGGCCUCGCACAUCAAUUAAGCUCUGCCCUCCUUGGCUUUAGCCACGGUGACCUGCAAGGGAAACGUAUUGCCUUCCUAUGUGCCAACGAUGUGUCAUACACGGUGGCCCAGUGGGCCGUGUGGAUGUGUGGAGGCGUGGCUGUCCCACUCUACCACAAGCACCCGGCAUCCGAGCUGGAGUACAUCAUCUCAGACGCCCAGAGCUCCCUGCUGGUGGCUGGCCACCCCUACGCUGGCAAGCUACAGCCUCAUGCCGACAAGCUUGGGCUGCCCUGCAUUGCCCUCCCCUCUACCGCCGACCUAGGCUCACUGAAGCGGGCUGAGACCCCAGAGAUGGAGCUGAAUAUCACGGACUGGGGCCAGAGACCCGCCAUGAUCAUCUACACUAGUGGCACAACAGGCCGGCCCAAAGGAGUCCUACACACACAUAGCAGCAUUCAAGCUAUGGUCCAGGGCAUGGUCUCAGCGUGGGCGUGGUCCAAGGAUGACGUCAUCCUACACACCUUGCCCUUGCACCACGUGCAUGGCAUUGUGAACAAGCUGUUGUGCCCACUGUGGGUUGGAGCCACCUGCAUCAUGCUGCCAGACUUCCAGCCACACAAGGUUUGGGAGAGGCUAUUGAGCUCUGAGGCGCCAAGGGUAAACGUGUUUAUGGCCGUUCCCACUGUCUACUCCAAGCUGAUCCUCCACUACAAGCAGCAUCUGACACAGCCCAACGUCAGGGACUACAUCAGGGCUGUUUGUCAGGAACGCAUCAGGCUGAUGGUUUCCGGUUCUGCCGCUCUGCCCAUACCGGUUCUCCAGAGCUGGGAGCAGAUCAGCGGACACACCUUGCUGGAGCGCUAUGGAAUGACGGAGGUCGGCAUGGCUCUGUCUAACCCCCUGCUGGGUCCCCGUACACCAGGUGCGGUUGGAGUUCCGCUACCUGGCGUAGAGGUCCGCAUCGUCCUGGAUAACGGUAGCAGCAUCAUCGUUGUUGCUGAAGGCAACCACAGAAACUGCCAGGUGUGUCCAGGUCUUGAGGGGAAGGAAGGCGAUCUGUUAGUCCGAGGUGAGACUGUAUUUAAGGAGUACUGGAACAAACCACAAGAGACCAAGGAGUCCUUCACGGCUGAUGGAUGGUUCAAAACAGGAGACACUGCGGUCUACAAGGACGGAGUGUACUGGAUCAUGGGCCGCACCAGCGUCGACAUCAUCAAAAGCGGCGGAUAUAAGAUCAGCGCCCUCGAUGUGGAGCGCCAACUAUUGGCCCACCCAGACAUUACAGAUGUGGCGGUGAUCGGUGUGCAGGACCAGACCUGGGGGCAGAAGGUCACGGCAGUGGUGGAGCUGGAGGGGGGGCACAGCAUGACGCUGGAUCAGCUCAAGGCCUGGGCCAGGGAGCACAUGGCCCCCUACACCAUCCCGACUUGUCUCCUGGUGCUCGACCAGAUUCCCCGGAACCAGAUGGGAAAAGUCAACAAGAAAGAGCUACUGCAACACUUCUUUCCCGGCUCCUAGACCCAUCAUCGUGGCUUUUCUUACCAAGACAUGACCCCCCCCCCCCCUUCUCUUGGGUCUAUUCCCAUGACCCAGACACGCAUUCAUUAGAAUGCUAUUCAAUUUUAAAUUGUCAAAAUUGUAUUAAAUAUGACAAUUAUGUUAAUUGUUCCACAAUGUGUGUGUGUGUGUGUGUGUGUGUGUGUGUGUGUGUGUGUGUGUGUGUGUGUGUGUGUGUGUGUGUGUGUGUGUGUGUGUGUGUGUGUGUGUGUGUGUGUGUGUGUGUGUGUGUGUGUGUGUGUAAGACUGCAUAGUCGCGUGUGUGUCCUGCCAUUUGCAGCUGUGGUUCAGCAGGUGCGAUAAGAACCUGAAGGCAGAUCCUCCUCAGAGAUCCUCUCUCCCUCUUUCUCUAUCUUUUUUUCUGUCCUUCUCUUUUGCUUUUUAUAUCUCGUCUCUCUUUUCAUCAGCCUCGCGCAGCUCUUCACUAAAUCCAGGGCUCUGACAAGCAGCGACUCGUUCGAUUGGUAUGAACCCCAUUCAAAAGUCUGCAUCUAGCCAAGUACCGGUACAGUCCAAAUGCAUUGGGGAGGUAACUUGUGAGGACUUGGGAAAAGCAAGUAUCCAAGAAUGCAUUUCACAACAACCAGCGGCACUGCGUCAGGAGUUUGUACUCCUGAGUCAUACUUGCCAAGUACAGAGUAUGCAAGUCCGAACUUGCCGUAUUUGAUUUAGAGAUGCCCGGUAUCUCGUUCCAACCUGCGAUUGGUCCAAAAUAUCACAUGGUUACAGUGGGGUCUGGAUAGUGGGCUUUUUCCUAUUGUCAGACCCCCCAGGAUUUCGGGAUGUUGCGAUUCGCAACUUCAAAGCAACAUCCAUCAUUCACCGCAAAUUCAGGGCGGUGUCGCAAUUUUAACCAACCACCACAACUUUCCCGCAAAUUUGACCAAUCAGUGGCGUCGUCUUGAACUGACGUCGACAAACUACCUUAUGCUUACUUCCGUGUUUACUACUUCAAGCGAUUGAAGCAUUCAUGCAGCAUGUGCGUGUCCAACGUUUCACACUUGCCGACCAAAAUAACUGCGAAAGAUCGCGAAAAGCAGUAUCCUGCUUUCUACAUGAAAGCGAGGGGAAAUUAUUUUGCACUGUAUUUAACAUUGUGGUGGAACAUAAGCGGAAAUCUUCCAUUGAUUUUUUUUUUGUUUUGUUUUGAUCCAUUGCAUUUUGCCACUGCGAAACAUAACUACAGAACUGCAGAACUGCAGGCAGGACGUCAGACGACGAGGCAGAUCACUAUGACACAGGCUGUUGCAUCCAAGUCAAUUGCCAGUGCGGACAGAAUCAAGAAUAAAUUAUUCAUAAGACCAUUUCUCAGUGUUUUUUUCUUUUUCAGUAAUAACUUAAUAUUUAAUAAUUACUCAGGGAAAAUUGCAGUAAUAACUUAAUAUUUAACAUUAGGAAAAUCACAACUUUUAUUGCAACUUUCACUUCCUAUAGCACUGUAAUCGCAACAAAAACCUUAAAAACACGCAACUUUCAUCGCAACUUUAUGGAAAAGCUCACGCAACAGCAGACAUUUUAGGCCGCAACAAUCUCAAAAAAGGCCCGCGAAAUCCUGGAGGGACUGUAUUGUUCAGACAUGGCAAAGCAAGAGCAAAUGUUGCUGAAUUAAAUAAUUAGAUGACAUACAUUUCAUAGUCUUUCACAAAGAUAGGCAGAAUUAUUGCUAAAGCUAGCAAGCUAGACAGGAGUUUUUGGGGAUGGGCUUUGGUGGGAGGCUUGAUAGGAGGGAUUGGGAUUUUCUCGGUUCGAUUCUUUCAAAAAUGUUUCUCCCAAUUGCCUAACCUAGCUUUAAAGUCACGUAACAAUAUUUCUUAAUGCACAAGAUGUCCUCGGGCAAUGAAUGUAAUUUUUGUCAUGUCGUAUGUUAUAUACAUGGAGUCUGAGAUCAAUAAAUUGUAGAUUGCUAUUUAAUUCAUGUAUGCAUUCACAA